AUGACUCAAACAAAUAAUCCAAUUCAAAAGAAAUCGCAAAAUACAAAAAUUCCCACAAUACCGCUUAGCUCACCACCUUCUUAUGAUGAUGUUAUUAGAAGUCAAGUAGGACCUUUUGGUAGUUCAUCAUCAUACUCUAAUAUUUUAAACAGAGAAGUUCCUGAAUAUCGACACACUUUUACUUCAAGAAUAAUUCGCAAACAGCCUC